AUGUCUCCGCAACGAGAUUUUAAGAUAGUGACCUCGAAAAAGAGACGUUCUGAUCCAGUAGUAUUAGUCGUCGGUCUAGAAAAAGAAGUAUUCGCAAUCUCUCAAGCCCUUCUCGUCGACUCUAUUGAAUGCUUCAGGACAGCCUUUCUCCGUGGACGCUCCAGAGAGGGUAUAGAAAAGGAAAUGUAUUUUGAAGAAGAGAAACCCGAAGCCAUUAAGUUAUUGGUUGGAUGGCUUCAAAAAACCAAGGUAAACCUCAACUUCGCCAGCCAGAUAUUUAGAAAUUUCUGGGAGCUCCGUAUCAGCGCAGACAAAUGGUGUGCGGAAAGGCUUGCAAACGAUGUUUCCGACAUCAUCUUAGCUCUCAGAGGAUUGAACAUCCCCUUCGAACACCGAGAUGCAUGGAAACUUUCUGACAACGAUACUUCUGCCAUUUGGCAACUUUCAGUACCAGACUCGUCGGUGAGAAAACUCUGCAUCCAAUGCUUAGCCUGGGAAUUUCGCGAAGAUCUGGAUGACCCAAGGGAUGGCAGCGUGAUUGGGCUCCUUAUUAUUAACAGACUGCGUUCUAUUGUCGACAUGCCUGACUACAUCGCCGAGGAUAUUCAAGCCGGUUUCGACCGCAGCAAGCCUUGCGAUUUCCAAUAUAAAUACAAUAUCUCUUGGCAUGAUAAGAGAGAUCGGGACCGUUGUGCCUUUCACGAUCAUCGUGUUGGUCAAUCGAAAUGUGAAGAGGCGAAAUAUAGCGUUGACACCACUAAUGUAUUGGAUAUGUCUGGGUUUCUCAUCAGAAAGCCCAAAGUUAAUCAGGCUUGGAAUGAUGGAGGGAAAGAAGUCAUCAAUGGCAUUUUCGACUAUGGAAUUUGUUGA